UGGAUAUAUAAAUCUCUGGCAAACUUGUACGAAAGUUAUUGUACUCAUCUACAGCUGCGUUAAGAUGAGGUACAUAACAGUUCUGGUUGGCAUUUUGGCCAUUGUUGGUCUGGGACAAGCGCUCCCGAAAUUUGGUCCUCAGCAUACUGAGUUAGAAAAAGAAUUGAUGGACUUUAUAGAGCUUAUUCCAACAAACAAGGCUGUUGAAAUAAUAACCAAGUACAUGAACGAAGAUAAAAAAAUGCAAGAAGCUAUUCAGUACUUGUUUAAUACUGAAUUCCAUGCUCUUUUACGUGAGAUCGAAGCUCUUAAAGAACAUCAAGAUGUAGUAGUAUAUCUAGAGAAGGCUGGAUUGAGAGUUAUCCAAGGUAUCAAAGAGUUCCACAAGGUUAUUGGCAUGGGUGAUUAUGUGCCCCCUAAAAUACUGAGCAUUUUUGAAUCUCAAAUUGGAAUACAAAAGAUCGGUGAUGGAAUGAAAGGAAUGCUCGAGGAUCUUUAUAAUAUAUUACCUGUAGACAAAAUUGACGCUCUCUACAAGGAGAAGUUGCAAAAUUCCAAAGUUUUCGCCGAUUUUGUCGGAAAGUUAACGUCCCCAGAAAUGCAGCAAUUAAUCAAUAAUUUAUAUGCAAACCAAGUUUACAAAAAUUUUGUCGCAAAGACCAGAGAAAGGGGAUUGGAAUUGCAGGAACUGAAGAAAUUUACUAGCAGAAUAUUUGGCCUUAAGUUUCCGUACUAAAACUGAUAUAUGUAAUUUUAAACGCAUGUCUUAAACAUAUAUUUUUUAAUUUUAUAUU